UAGAUAUACUGCAAUCAUGUUUCCUCUUCGUCCACGUUCAAAACUGAAGACAGUUAUUUGUGCGAUUGUAGCUAUUUGGUUAAUUUCGUUUGCAAUUGGAUUGCCUGGUUUAAUUGUAGCUACGGUUUAUCCAAAAAACUUAUCAAACUUACAAAAUAUAGCAAAUAGUACAGAUUUACUUGUUGUGGUGAAACAAAUCUCGGUUAACUCACCUGAUCAAUAUGUUUCAAAUGAUUGUAUUCUUAACUGGUCAUCAGAGUGGUCUGAAGCGUACGAUUAUACACUUUUUGUGUUAAUGUAUGUUCUUCCUCUUAUCAUACUUGCCACAACUUAUAUUCCAAUAUCAAUUCAUUUAUGGUUUCAUAGAGGACUUGGUGAAGUCACUAGGGCACAAGCCCAAAAUGUUCAGUCGAAAAGACGAGCAGUGAAAAUGUUAUGUGCAGUUAUGUUGAUAUUUGCAAUCUGUUGGCUUCCAUAUCAAUUAUUUUUCAUUCUGUUACAAUUAAGUCCAACAAUUAAAAGUAGUCAUAGUUUACCAAUUAUAUUUAUAUGUUGUUAUUGGUUAGCAAUGAGUAAUUCAAUGUACAAUCCAAUUAUAUAUGUUCUAAUGAAUAAAAAGUUUCGUAAAGGAUUUUAUUCAGCAUUUUCAUGUUUCCCUUAUUGUCGUGAAUACAUUAAAAAAGACAAGAAGAUUAGAACGACUGCGACAUCAAUUCGUACAUCACAAGUUUGAAUAUGAAAUAUUCUUAAUGGUUAUUCAGUGGAAUAUUCCAUUUCAUCAUUUUUACAUAUCACGAUGAUGUAAUAAUGGACUAUAUUGGAUUAUGUUUCGAAUAUCUCAAUACAUGUUAUGUUAUGGUGAGAUAUAAUAAUGGACGUACGAUUUCUGUUGUGAAUUACGAGAAUUAAUAAAGAAAGACAAGUUCAUAUUCUAUUAUGCAUAAACUUAGACAAAUUGAACCAUAUUACACAGUUAAACUAAUUAUAUAAAAUGUGAUUUUACAUGUCUAUUUCUCUCUGUUAUUAAAUAUACAUAUUUAAAUUUAA